UUUUUAAGCUAUGGUGAGAGAAAACAUCACUUUUGUCACUAAAUUUGAAGGGACAAAACUAUUGUCAAUUUAAGGCCAACUCCUCCACAAACCACAAUCCUUCCUUCCCACCACCCUCAACCACAGGUAUCCUCCUCCUUCCUUCCUCCCCCAAUUGAACUUUAUUUUAAAACCUCCCAAACAAAUUUCUCAAAUCAAACAUUACUUUAUAAAUCUCCAUGUCCAGAAAAAGCUUAAAGCUCUCCUACCAUGGAAGCCCCCACCAUUAUCAACAACAACAAAACCAACAAGAUGAUAAACAACAACAAUUAAUACCAGGUCUCCCAGAUCAUAUUUCUCAUUUAAUCCUCUCCAAAAUCUCUCCUACAAUCCUUUACUCUGUUUCUCAUCCAUGGCGGAAUUUCAUCUACUCCCCAAUUUAUCCUCCAUUUUACUCCAUUUACACUAUCCUUACUCCCGAUAAUUUAACCCACUCAUCUUCUUCAAAGCCUCAACAAAUUCUUACCCCAAUUUGUUUGUCCUCUUUUGACCCAAUUUCUUCUCAAUGGGAAUCGCUCCCUCCUCCUCCGCCACCCCUCUCACUCUUACUCCGCCAUCCGCCAUUUAUUUCGAGAGACCUUCCUGUUCAGUCUGUAGCAGUGGGUGAUAAACUAGCAGUAGUUGCGGGUACGACGCAGCAUCUAGCACCCGCUUUACCGAAACCCUUGGUAUUCGACCCAUCUACACGGGUCUGGACUUAUGGCCCAUCCAUCUCAGUUCCCAGAAGAUGGUGUGCAACCGGAUCACUUAACGGAUCCUUAUACAUAGCAAGUGGAUUCGGGUCUCAUUUCUCGACGGACACAGCAAGAUCCGUUGAAAAAUGGAACCCAUCAGCGAAUAAUCGGGUUCAACAGUGGGAAAAACUGGGCCCGUUAUGGGACGGUCGAUUCUCACGUGAAGCUACGGAUGCAAUAGGAUGGAAGGGCCGCCUAUGCAUGGUGAACGUCAAAGGAGACGCCACCAAACAAGGCGCUGUUUAUGACUCUAAGAACAAUACAUGGCAAGAAAUGGAAGAAGGGAUGGUGGCUGGAUGGCGUGGCCCGGCGGCGUCAAUGGCGGAAGAGGUGAUUUACAUGGUGGAUGAAUCUAAAGGAGUGUUGAAAAUAUAUAAUGAGGAGAAAGAUGAAUGGGUUAAUAUAAUGGAGAGUGAGAAACUACGUGGAGCCCAACAAAUGACGGCUCAUGGCGGUAAGCUUUGUGUUUUAUGUAAUGGCGGAAAUGUUAUAAUUGUGGUGGAUGUGACGGCGCCGCCGCCGAGAAUGUGGGUAGUUGAACCACCACAAGGAUUUAAUGUGGUUGCGGUUCAUAUUUUGCCUAGGACGAGUAGGGGUCCACUCGGUUUGAACAUUGUUUAACGUCAUGCAGUUUUAUACCAUACAUUUGUUUAUCACAAUUUUUUAAAGGAGAACAUUAAUAUAUUAAAGUGAGUGUUUGGUAAAAUA